AUGGCAAUUGAUGCAAUGGCAGCCCGCUUGGCCUCCUCCCUAGCGCUGGCUGAUGGAAAGCAACCUCCAUCCAAAGGAUUGAGACAACCCGAAGCAUUCAUGGUGGGGAAGCUGCUCACGGUGCGGGAAUACUCCCGUCGCUCAUUCCUUGGCAUGUUCCGCUCUGCAUGGCGGAUCAAUGGCAGACUGAAUGUUGAAGAGAUCAGAGAAGAUGACAGGGUUCUGUUCACUUUCACAAACCCCUCUGACGUGGAUAGGGACGUGGAUAGGGUUUGGAAAGGAGGAUCGUGGGGAUACAAUAGGGCUCUUAUAGCCCUAGCGUCGUACGACGGUGUCAGUCCGGCAAGGGAGGUACCAUUGAAUAAAUCAUCCUACUGGAUGACUCUGCAAGGAGUACCGCCGGCGUUCAGGUCGGAGCGUAUUAUGCGCCUGAUCGGAAGCAUGCUGGGUGAGUUCAAGGAGAUUGAUCGUCCGGCUUUCCUAACCCGAGUCAUGCGCAUCAGAGUCGAGAUCGACUAUGAAAAGCCUCUCUUGUUUCGCCGUCGGUUCAGGGUGGAAGAUGAAUUUCAGAUCAUGGUGCAAUUCUGGUACGACAAGUUGUUUGGCCGGUGCAGUACAUGCAGCCUAGUUACCCACGUUGGCCUUCCUUGCUCAGGGCCGGAGUUGGUUGAAGACAGCGACGUACCAGUUGGUGCGGUGGCGCAACCCACGGCUUUGGCAGUAUAUGGGGACAUGAAAACCCUAAUGUUAACAGGGUGGUGGUCAACAACCAAACCUUGA